AUGAAACCUAGAUCUAGUAAGAGUACAGCUACACCUGUUGAAAGUGAGAUUGGUAUGCAUCCAAUAGUAUCACAAGUACAUGUUGAUGCAUUACCUAUAACUUCAAUACUAUCUAAUCAAGGAAUCACUAUCAAUGUUGAUCAUGAAGUGAAUGAAGAUGAGGCCAUGAUAUUAGCCAUGGGUUAUAAACAGGAAUUGAAGAGAGAGUUUUCAUUAUGGACGGUAUUUUCUGUGAGUUUUUCAAUGUUGGGUCUUUUGCCUUCAAUUGCUGCUACUUUUGAUUACCAACAAUUGGUUAUUGGAAUGUCACCAGUUCCUUGGCUUGUGGCAAUGAUUUUUAUAACAACGGUGGCUUUAUCUAUGGCGGAAGUUGCUUCUGCAUUUCCAUGUUCUGCAGGUACGCCAUACGUUGUUUCACAGUUGGCUCCACCGAAAUAUAAAUCGUAUUUGACGUGGUUUACGUGUUGGACUAAUUGGUUGUGUCAAAUUACUGCUGCCCCAUCAGUAUGUUAUUCUUGUGCUAGUUUAAUCUUGGCAUUGUAUUCAUUAACUGACGCCAGUUAUACUCCAUCAACGGGACAUGUUUAUGGGUUAUCGACUGGUAUUCAAGUCGUGUGUGGUUUAAUCUGUUCUAUGCCAGCAAAAUGGGCUGGUCGUGUAAGUUCGGCUGGUGCUUUUUGCAACAUCUUGUUUUUGGUAAUUGUAUUUGUGAUGAUUUUAGCUGGUAAUAAACGAAUGGAAUUGAAUGAAGGGGUACUGACGAAAUACAACCCCAACGCCAUAGCUUGGUCAUUGUAUAAUCAAGCUGAAUGGCCACAAGGUAUUUCAUUUUUGAUUUCUUUUAUGGGUGUCAUUUGGGCAAUGUCGGGUUAUGACUCACCAUUCCAUUUAGCUGAAGAGUGUGCUCAUGCUGCAGUCAAUGUUCCCCGAGCAAUUGUCUUGACUAGUUCAAUUGGUGGGCUUGUUGGAUUUGUUUUCAUGAUUGCUAUAGCAUAUACUGUGGUUUCUCUUGACGAGAUUUCUGCUGAUCCUCAAGGUUUGGGUCAACCAUUCGUUACCUUUUUAUCACAAAUUAUUGAACGGAAAUUGGUGUUAGCAGCAACUGCAUUCACGGUAGUUUCAUCUUUUUCAAUGGCUCAAAGUUGUUUAUUGGCAGCUUCAAGAGUUACAUAUGCAUAUUCUAGAGAUGGAUUGUUUCCGGGAUCCAAUAUAUGGAAACGAGUUUCCCCAUUGACUCAAACUCCAAUAUGGGCAGUUGUAAUCAAUGUUGUUCUUGGUCAGUUGUUGUUAUUGUUAUUAUUUGCUGGCGAUGUAGCAAUUGGUGCAACUUUUUCCGUUGGUGGUAUUUCGGGAUUCAUUUCAUUUACAAUGCCUACAUUGUUGAAGAUUACUUGGGCGAGAAAUACUUUCAAACCAGGUCCAUGGAACUUGGGUAAAUUUUCCGAACCUAUUGGUUGGUUAUCUGUCGGAUUUAUCACAUUAAUGAUCCCCAUCUUGUGCUUCCCUACUGUCAGAGGUAAAGACCUCACGCCAACAGAAAUGAACUGGACCGUUUUGGUGUACUUUGGAUCUAUUCUUAUUGUAACCAUUUGGUUCAUAGUCGAUGCUCGUAAAUGGUACAAGGGUCCUAAAAGCAAUAUCGAUGAAGCUGAUAUUGUAUAUGAUGAUAAUAAUAAUGGUAGUGGUAGUGAAGGGUACGAUGAUAAAGUGCAAGUUAUUGAUGCAUCGGAAACGAAUUCGCGGAGCAAUGAGAAAUGUUAG